CAACUCUGGUAUGAUUAUCUUAUUAUAGGGAAAGAAUAAAGUAAGCUAUUUCCUUUAUAAACGUCAUAAUUACAGAAAGUGUGCCAUCUCGCCAAGGGGAGUCUGGAAACCGCCGGUAAUUUGCAUAUUGAUGAGGUUGCCGCGAGUCUGUCGGGUCAGAGGUUGUUGUGAGGUUUACAGAGCAGAGUCGUCAGUCUCUGCACGGUUUCCCCUCCGAAAAUGGCCACGAUCGGAGCCUUUCUACGCGUCCUGGCGCUGCUAGGGAUGUUGUACCCGAUGGCCAGAGGAAGCAUGAACCUGUACCUCAGCGGGGACGAGGUGAAGAAGCUUCUCGGGUUGACAGCUGAUCUGUACUAUGUGAGAGAUAACCGGGUGAACAGCUAUGCCCUGAAGUUCAACCUUCCUGUACCUGCAGACAUCAACAGUCUACACUUCACAUGGAAGUCUAGUACGCCAGGGGUUCGUUAUCGAAUGAAUCUCCUGUCAGAAAACACCAGAAUUCUGAAGAAGCCAGAGACCAACAUCUCUCUUGCUGGGGAGGUUCCACAGGCGGAGUCAGUUUUCCGAGUGAACCUGACUUGUUCGGGCCAGUCCAAUGCGGAGGUGGGGGUGCACAUACAGCUGAACGUGACUCUACACUCAGCCCAGAACUACACAGUGCUCAACUUCCGCAGACGGAAAAUGUGCAUGAUAAACAGUGCCCCUGUGAGUAAACCAGGCAGUGGGAGCGUGAACAACUCUUCCCCCAUAGUGAGAGGUGAGUCAGACUACUCGGUCUCCAACUCCACCAGUGUGUUCUACAUCGCUGUGGGCGUGGCCUGUACAAUCAUCUUCCUCAUCGCCAUGGCGAUAGCUGCAAUCAACGUCCACUCCAUCAAACAGAAUGACAGAAUAAGUGACUCAGACAGCUCCCAGGUCCUGUCCCAGAGCAGUACACAGACGUACCUCCGUGCUGACACACCAAACACGUCAGGUCUGGGGGCCUUCGGCGCUCCGGCCUACCCCAGCCUGAGAAGAUACCCGAACAUAACAGAGCCAGUGUCAGACAUCCGGUCGCAGCUGUCAGACAUCUGUAUCCAGCGUAGUGAUGUCACACUGGGGGAGGUGCUACAGGAGGGCACCUUCGGGAGAAUCUAUCACGGCAUUGUGGUGGGGGAGGACAGGACGGAACAGGAGGUCUUCGUGAAGACUGUCACAGACCAAGCAUCAGAAGAGCAGGUCCUGUUGCUGCUGCGUGAGAGCUGCAUGCUGCGUGGUGUUCACCACCGACACGUACAGACCAUCACGUACGCCUGUCUGGACGACGGCCGACCCAUGACCAUCUUCCCCUACCUGAACCACGGGAACCUGAAGGUCUUUCUCAAGCACUGCAGAGCCUCGGAAACACACACGCAUCAGAUCCUGUCCACACAAGACCUGGUGCACCUGGCCAUACAGAUUGGUAAAGCCAUGCAGUACCUGGGGAAACGUGGGGUGGUGCACAGAGAUCUGGCCACCAGAAACUGUGUGCUGGAUGAAGGGCUAAACGUCAAAGUGACAGACAACGCCUUAGCGAGGGACCUGUUCUCAGGAGACUACCACUGUCUGGGAGACAACGAGAACAGACCCGUCAAAUGGCUCGCCAUCGAGAGUCUGGUGGACAAACACUUCUCUUCAGCAAGUGAUGUGUGGGCGUUUGGCGUGUUGCUAUGGGAACUGAUGACCUUGGGACAGACGCCAUACUCCGACAUUGACCCCUUUGAGAUGGCCUCGUACCUGAGGGACGGUUUCAGGGCACCCCAACCUAUUAACUGUCCUGAUGAACUGUUUGCCAUCAUGGCGUGUUGCUGGGCCCUGUCGCCAGAAGAGAGACCAAAGUUCGCCCAGUUGACGGCCUGUCUACAGGAGUUCCACAAGGCUCUGGGGCUCUACAUAUAGAGGGGGGAAAACAGUUGUGUACAUAGGAGAUGUGUUCAUGAAUAUUCUGUCUCUACAGGGUGAAAAUAUUCACAAAAUUUAUGUAACAAAUGCAAGUAUCGCUAUCAAAAGAAAAAUUGCCACUCAAGAAAAAUUAUGCCAUGUUGGCUAUGUAUUUUUCCUUACCCCUUUAAUUUUACUUCAAAAUGCACUAUUGAUACAGCUAUAUUCAAAUGACAUGCAUGUACUGUACAUAGCAUGGAAGGGUAUCUUCUGAGUCAUGUACAUGUACAUGUAUGUGAUGAGUUUUUGCGUGUGUUUAAGUUAUGAAACCUCUACCCAGUGGAGGGCUGUGUUUUCUCUUAUUACCACACAUGUCCAGUUGUGAAAAUGUGACCAGAUUUGAGGCAGUUUCUGCAAGCAAGAAUGAUGCCCCAUUUCAAAGGUAGAUUUGGGGUGUCAGGGCAAGAGUUGCUCUGCUGGCUAGAGCUAUGAUCGUACAUUUUGGAAGUGAUAUCCAGGUACAUGUUUGUUGGAGACAUGCGGUUACUGGUAGGAGUAAAAACUCGAAACAUGACAAUAAAGUUUCAGUUUAACUGGCUAAAACUGCAAGACCUUCCACUCAUAUGACCUGGAUGUUAAUUCUUGACAUUGUGACAAUGAACUUGUAUUUGCUUAAGUGCUGUUACGUGUAACUGUGCCUUGGAAAAUUGAAUCAUGUCUGCAUUGAAUUGACUUAACAUAUUUCCAAUAUUAUAUCCAAAAGUGAGUGAAGAAGAACUGACAAUUGAAGGUGCAAAUGUUUUCAACAGCUCUCAAAAAUCUGUUUCAAAAAAUACU